CCCGUGCUUCGUGGCCGUGCGUGCUUCACACGCCAUUUUGGAAGAGGAGACUCGUCUCGAGGUAGUUGACGUUCCUGGAUUUUGUCGCAUUUCGGGGUCGCGCGUUCCUUGGAGUGAGGUAGCACGUCAAGUAUGGGCGAGGACUUCAACGGAGAUCGCGAUAGGCAGGAUCGGGACAAGGACAGGGAUCGAGACAGGGAUCGCGACAGGCGGCACCGAUCGCGCAGUCGAGAUCGCAGAAAGCGCUCCCGUUCUCGCUCGAAAGACCGCAGGGACAGGAAGAGGAGUAACUCGCCGAAGAAGAGUCGCAGCUCCAGGAGAAGAAAACCGUCCCUGUAUUGGGACGUGCCGCCGCCCGGCUUCGAACACAUCACCCCUUUGCAGUACAAGGCUAUGCAAGCGGCUGGCCAGAUACCUGCCAAUAUUGUAGCAGAUACGCCUCAGGCGGCCGUGCCGGUGGUUGGUAGCACGAUCACUCGUCAAGCGAGGAGACUCUACGUAGGGAACAUUCCAUUCGGCGUCACCGAGGAGGAGAUGAUGGAGUUCUUCAAUCAACAGAUGCAUCUCUCCGGGCUUGCGCAAGCUGCUGGAAAUCCAGUAUUGGCGUGUCAAAUUAAUUUAGACAAAAAUUUCGCAUUUUUGGAGUUCCGAUCGAUAGACGAAACCACGCAGGCAAUGGCAUUCGAUGGCAUAAAUUUCAAAGGGCAAAGUCUGAAGAUAAGAAGGCCACAUGAUUAUCAACCGAUGCCGGGAAUGACCGAUAAUCCAAGCAUGAACGUGCCAGGUACGGUUCCUGAUUCGCCGCACAAGAUCUUCAUUGGCGGUUUACCAAAUUAUUUGAAUGAGGAACAGGUGAAGGAGCUGUUGAUGAGCUUUGGACAACUGAGGGCGUUCAAUCUAGUAAAGGAUUCGGCAACCGGUCUCUCCAAGGGAUAUGCAUUCUGUGAAUAUGUAGACGUUUCGAUGACGGACCAGGCAAUCGCCGGAUUAAACGGGAUGCAGCUGGGAGACAAGAAAUUAAUUGUACAGCGCGCUAGCGUGGGUGCUAAGAAUCCUAUGAUAGGCACACAAGCUCCAGUACAAAUUCAAGUGCCUGGCCUGUCAAUGGUUGGCACGAGCGGACCCGCGACUGAAGUGCUUUGUUUGCUCAAUAUGGUCACGCCGGAAGAACUAAUGGAGGAAGAAGAGUACGAGGAUAUUCUCGAGGAUAUUAAAGAAGAGUGCAACAAAUACGGUGUGGUGCGAUCCGUGGAAAUUCCUAGACCCAUCGAAGGUGUUGACGUCCCUGGAUGCGGCAAGGUAUUUGUAGAAUUCAAUAGCGUCAUUGAUUGUCAAAAGGCGCAACAGACUCUCACGGGCCGAAAGUUUAACAAUCGCGUGGUAGUCACAUCGUACUUCGAUCCCGACAAGUAUCACCGUAGAGAAUUCUAAGCUGUAGACUUCUUUUUUCAUACCAUUUAAUAAUUAUAUAUAUAUAUAUAAAUAUAUAUAUAUAAAAUGCAAUGUAUAUGUGAGUUUGAAUAAUCUCAACUUACUCCAAACGAGAAUUACACAUUUACCAAUGAAUAAUUGACAGUAAAAUAAUUGCCGCGUUUCGCGACAAGCGAUUAGAAUUGUAAGUAUAAUGCGACACUGACAAAAACUACGAUACGCAAUUGUGAAACCGCGUUUUCUUCGCGCUUUAAAAACACGAUAUGAACAUAUGUAAUAAUGAUUUUAAAAAAUACAUUUGGUCGUUAAUAUAAGAUGAA